UUCCCAUAGCAACUCCACUGUAAACAGUACGUAUGGGAGGCAAACUCUCAGACGAUAUUUGCGAUUUGGUUCGAACUCACAUAGGCCAAAAUACGAGGCAGCAAUGUCUAAAAAACGUCCGGAGAAACCCAAAGACAGGUCAGAAAAGGCGAUCGCUGUAGUGGAAGACCCUCCGCCGACUAUAAUCACAAGAGUGAAUGAAAAAUGUGCUAGUCAUGCUAUUGAGGACUACCAGUGCUCUGGCAACCUUCACGUUGAUCUCCCGGAACUGUGCCUUCUCCUGGGCAUGAAGGAGAUUCCAGUUGUUACUCAGAGACCCGCAGCAUCCUCAAGCUCGGCUACGGAUGGAGAGAACAUCGAGCACGACAACUCAGAGGCGGAAAAACAACGGUUGUACUCCAAUCCUUGCGUCCUAGUGGUCUUAGAGAAUGAAGAACCCCUAAACCUCAAGAGCAUUAAGAUAUCUGGAUGGAAGGUAGAUAUGUUGGUGACCCGGGUGCUUUGCAAGAUUCUUCCUUCUUUGAGCAACCUGCUUAGCCUUCACUUGUGGCAAACCCGACUGUCAGAUAAGAUGGUAAUUUCUCUCAACAACACGUUCCCUCUGUGUUCCAACCUGAGGACUGUCAUACUGGAGGGCAAUCCUCUUCCAGAACAAAGUUAUCACCUGCUAAUGUCUAAAGACAGCGCCCUCACUCACCUGUCGCUUAGAAACAACCGCAUCGGAGAGGAGGGAGCUCGCCUGAUUGGCUUGGCUCUCUCAACGACCACAUCGGCCAAUAGGAACCUUGUGAUUCUCAACCUGGCGUUCAACUCUAUCGGUGAUGCAGGCGCCACACACAUAGCCCAGGGCCUGCGUUUGAACCGGGGCCUGCUCUGUCUCUCUCUCGGCAACAACAAGAUAGGCGACGCAGGGGCGGCUCACCUGGCCAAAGUGCUUGUUCCGUUUGCUCUAACCCAAGAGGAGAUUGUGGAGCGGAGACAUCAGCUGCUGGAUCGAGAACAGAAUUCAUCAGAGCACUCUCCUCCUACAGAAAGCUCUCUGGGUACACCCAGCAGCUCCUCCCUGAACACCAACCUCAACAAGUCAAUGAGCAAAAGCAGUGUAAAAAGAAAGGAACCGCCUAAAAAAGAGGAAAAAACAGCCGUGACCAAGAAAGACGAUCCCAAACUGAUCAAGAAAGCCUCUGAACUCAAGGUGCAACGUGGGAAAGCAGGCAAGCCUGGAGCCAAAGACAAAAACCCAUCGGUUGGUGAUCCAGAGGAUAAGCCAGGCGGUCUAAAUGAGCUGCUUGACCACCAGGGAGAGCCGUUAGAGAGCCCCCUGCUGGAGACAACAAUGCAGGGCAGAAACGGCCAAGUCCUGCUGUCUGGGAACACUGCUCUCUGUUACUUAAACCUGUCAGGGAACAAGAUAUCGGAGCAGUCGCUGCCUUUGUUCCUGUCAUCUCUGCAAAAGCAGCCCGAGGGGGGGGGGCUCAGACGACUGAGCCUUCAGAGAAACAGUUUCUGUCCAGACUUUGAAGACUUUGAGAUUCAGGAGCUAAUGGCGCUGCGAGAUCCACUCAACAAAACUACUGCCCCACAGCCGGAGCAGGAGGGCCAGGGGGAUUAGGAAAAAUAUGAAAUGGCUAACUCUACAGAGUAUCCUGGGUAGUAAUGUGAUCCUGUGAAUAAUGUGAAUUAUUUUCAUUAAAUGUAUUUGGUUGCAUAUUUUUGAA